GGGUUUUAGGGGUUCCUGUGAAAGAAUAAGAAAACAAACAUGGACGCGGAGCGAUCGUCGUUGUGCAAUUUUUUUGUCAACUUCCUGAUGGAGGAGAACUACCUCUUGACGGCGUUUGAGCUUCUUCACGAGCUCCUCGACGAUGGCCGCGAUGCCCAAGCAAUUCGUCUUAAGGAGUUCUUCUCCGAUCCUUCCCGUUUCCCUCCUGAUCAGAUUUCUCGGUAUAAUUCAAUUCGAGUUGCGGAUCCACAAAGUUUAUUGGAGGAGAAAGAAGCAUUAGCUGAGAAGUUAGCUAUCAGCGAAUAUGAAUUUCGUCUAGCUCAGGAGGAUAUUACAAGAUUGAAAACUGAAGGACAGAAGAAAUCUGAUCCUUCCAUUGACAAGUCAGAAGAGUUGGACUCGGAUGAGUUUGGAGACAACAGGCCAGAGAUUCAACGGAAAAAGAAAGAUUUUUCCUUCACUGAUAUAGGGCCUUUGAAGAACAAUGAACGUCGAGACUUAAACUGUGCAGUGAAAGAAUAUCUUCUUCUAGCAGGUUACAGGCUUACGGCUAUGACAUUUUAUGAGGAGGUGACAGACCAGAAUUUGGACGUUUGGCAGGACAGUCCAGCACAUGUACCUGAUGCCUUGCGCUAUUAUUACUAUCAGUACCUCUCAUCAACUUCAGAAGCAGCUGAGGAGAAAAUAGCCAUGCUUCAGGAGAAUGAAUCAUUGAAAAAGGAGAUUGAGAGGCUAAACAAAGAAAAGGACGGACUACUUAAGAGCAAAGAAAAUUUCGAAGAGCAAAUCGGUGCUUUUAACAAAUCUACAGAAUCACUUCAGAAGGAUCUUCGGGACCGAGAAAAGCAGGUGCAAAGUUUGAAGCAAUCCUCAGAGCAUCAGAGGAGGAACCUCAAUGACUGUAGGGCUGAGAUCACUUCUCUUAAAAUGCAUAUUGAAGGGUCUCGUGCUGGUCAAUAUGUGUCAUCGAAUGAAGGUGAUCCUGUAAAAUUACAAUCCGAGGAACAGAUCAGCACGCUGUCAGAGGAAGUUGUAAAACCAACAGUGGAAAAGGAUGGUGGUUUGAUUUCUGAAGUUUCUAUAUUGGCUGAGAAAGGGCACAUACAAACAGAAGACGAUCUGGUGGUGGAAGAGGUUAAGAAUAUUAUUGCUGAUCAAAGAGAGGUGGCAGCAGAGGCCAACAGUAUAUCUAUUGCCAACAAUGGUACUUUGGAGAACCAGAAAGAAGUCUCAAACUAUUUGUUAAGUCCAUCAAACGGCAAUUUCUCAUCCAGAGACCUAGGAAGCAUCUUGAAAGUGGAUCCUGGAAUUGGUCGUGGUUCUAAUUCAAAAUCAGACAAUGCAAAUGGUGAAGCUGCUUCUGAGGAAAUGGGUUUAGGAACGAUUCAGAUACUUGCAGAUGCUUUGCCGAAGAUUGUUCCGUAUGUUCUGAUAAACCAUCGAGAGGAACUCCUUCCCCUGAUGAUGUGUGCAAUUGAGCGGCAUCCAGUUAGCAGUACAAGAGAUUCCUUGACUCAUACACUGUUCAACCUGAUCAAACGUCCAGAUGAACAGCAGAGGCGGAUUAUUAUGGAUGCAUGUGUUAGCCUAUCGCGGAAUGUUGGGGAAAUGAGAACAGAAACAGAAUUGCUUCCACAGUGCUGGGAACAGAUAAAUCAUACAUAUGAAGAACGCAGGCUGCUAGUUGCUCAAUCAUGUGGGGAGCUUGCAGAAUAUGUCCGUCCUGAGAUACGGGACUCUCUUAUUUUAUCUAUCGUACAACAACUCAUAGAAGAUUCUGCCACCGUUGUUCGAGAGGCUGCCGCUCAUAAUCUGGCAUUGCUGCUUCCACUAUUUCCGAACACAGACAAAUAUUUCAAGGUCGAGGAGAUGAUGUUUCAGCUAAUAUGUGAUCCGUCUGGCCUGGUGGUUGAAACUACAUUGAAAGAACUACUUCCUGCAGUGAUAAAAUGGGGUAACAGGCUGGAUCAUAUCUUGAGAGGUCUUCUCUCUCACACUUUGAGCUCUGCUCAGCACUGCCCACCCCUUUCUGGAGUUGAAGGGUCAUUGGAGUCUCAUCUGCGGGUCUUAGGUGAACGGGAGCGAUGGAACAUUGAUGUCCUACUGCGAAUGCUCAUGGAGUUGCUUCCAGCUAUACACCAGAAGGCAAUGACAACAUGUCCUUUUUCUUCCAUCUCAAAGUCAGAGGAAUCUGCAUUCUCUGUUUCCUUGCUUGAGAUCUAUGCCGAGGGACGUUCUGAGUGGCCUAUGUUUGAAUGGAUGCAUGUUGAUUGCUUUGCUAACUUGUUGCAACUGGCAUGCAUGUUACCCCAGAAGGAAGACCAUUUGAGAAAUCGGAUAACAAAGUUUCUCUUGGCUGUAUCUGAACGUUUUGGAAGUUCCUACCUAACUCACAUUGAGUUACCUGUAUUCUUGGUGGCCGCUGGAGAUGAUGAGGCUGAUCUUCGAUUCUUACCUUCUGCAAUCCAUCCAAGGAUAAAAGGCCUGAAACCAAGAACUGCUGUAGCCAAUAGACUUGCCACGCUUUGUAUUCUACCGCUUCUGUUGGCAGGAGUUCUUGGUGCACCAAGUAAACGCGAAGAAUUAACUAUCUUCUUACGACAACUCUUAGUGGAGAGCAAAACAAAGGAAAACCAGUCAGCGCAGCACAAUAAUGAGGUUUUGGAUGCAGUUCGCUUCCUUUGCACAUUUGAGGAACACCAUAACAUGAUAUUCGGAAUUUUGUGGGAAAUGGUAGUUGAUUCCACUGCAGAACUCAAAAUCAACGCUGCUAAGUUGUUGAAGACCAUCGUUCCAUAUAUCGACGCAAAAGUUGCUUCUGCCAAUGUUUUACCAGCCUUGAUCACUCUUGGUUCAGACCAGAACCUGAAUGUAAAAUAUGCAAGCAUAGAUGCAUUUGGAUCUGUAGCACAGCAUUUCAAAAUCGACAUGAUUGUUGAUAAAAUCCUAGUCCAGAUGGAUGCUUUUUUGGAAGAUGGAUCUCAUGAGGCUAUAAUCGCAGUCAUUCGUGCACUCUUAGUUGCUAUUCCUCACACGACAGAACGGCUUCGAGAUUAUCUUUUGUCCAAGAUUUUACAACUUUCAGCAAGUCCAAGCUCUUCAACAGAUGUAAAUCGUCGGCGAGAAAGAGCUAACGCAUUCUGUGAAGCCAUUCGUGCACUCGAUGCAACUGAUUUGUCUCAAACAAGUGUCAAAGAAUACCUCCUUCCAGCGAUUCAAAACCUACUGAAAGAUCCAGAUGCGCUAGAUCCAGCUCACAAAGAAGCGUUAGAGAUCAUAAUGAAGGAGAGAUCAGGUGGGACAUUUGAAGCAAUCAGUAAAGCUAUGGGUGCUCACUUGGGGAUUGCAUCAUCUGUCACAAGCUUGUUUGGAGAAGGAGGCUUGUUGGGGAAGAAAGAAGCAACGGAAACCAAUGCGGUUGCACCUGUAUCACCGACAGUUCAGGGACCUGAGUCACCAAAGGUUGUGGCUGCAGCGACUGAAGACACGAGAUUCAGACGUAUCAUGAGAGGCAACUUCACUGAGAUGCUAAGGAGUAAAGCCAAGAACCAAGAUGAGACACAGCCACAAAAUCACUAAAACCAUUAAAUAUAUAUAAACCAGGUUUUUAAUUCAUUUAAUACUUCUACUGCAUAUAUUCUUAAUACACACAGAAAUAAAAUCAUGUUCUUUUGUUAUUUAGCUUGCAUUAUUUUUAUCUCUCUUUUAGCUAUUUUGUUUUUUGUUUCUUAGGAAGAAGAGUGAGAUUACACAUCUCUUCAGAAUUUUUAGUAGCUGGAGCUAAGGGAAAUUUUGUUCUAUCUCAUUUCCCCUUGGGUGAUCUGUCUAUAAAUAAUCUCUUUUUGUACGUAAUGAAGUGUUAUUCAUUCU